UCUCAGCUUCAACAGUGUUGCGAACGUGUUCGCCAAUAAUUUUGAAAUAAAAGUUCUUACUUGCUAUUAAUAAGACGCUGUGAUUUCAUUAAAGAUUUCAGAUAAGUAGUAGUUAACAAAAUCAUGUUAAAGCUUACUGUACAAUUUACAAAACAGACUUUGACCGGCUUUAAGAACAGCAGACGAUUUUUCUGUGCAGUUUGAGCAGACGACAUCAUUACUCGACUGUUUUAGUAGGGAUACAAAGAUUUCAUGAGUGAAGGAUUUAAAUUUCUUUCUUUCUGUGGAGGUUUCCUUGACAGAAUGGAUAUAAAGGCUUAUUUUACGUGUAAGAAGCCAAGACGUUCAAACAGACUGAUUGUGAAGGAAGUAGAAGAAAAAAAGGUGCAGGCAAUUACACAAAGUCCUCUGGGUUAUUUUGAUAUAUUACCGAUCGAGCUCAAGUUCUGCGUUCUUGGAUAUCUAUCCAUCGAUGAUCUUAGCCUCCUAACCAUCACAUCCAAGUCGAUGCGGAACUUAGUAGAGUGCUAUCGUGUGAGUAUGUUUCACACACGUGAAGUGAUCGUGCAUUCCCGAGCACAUGGCGUACUGGAUGUAGAAAACCAGGCCGAAUGGCUCCAGCGGUAUAAGAAACUCGGCUUGUUAAUGAAACGAUCAACUUGCCUAUAUGCCACGAAAGAGAGAUUGAAAAUUGUCAAUGACUUCUUAACGAGAAUGAUGUGUGCCAAUACAGAGAACUGCAAAGACCAGACUCGCUGUGUUGCACAGCUGUGUUUCGGAAAGUUUUUACAUACAAUGAUCGCAGGAUGGGACGAUAGCGAAUGCCAGAGAGCUUUCGACGCAAUAUGUCAACACACUUUCAUAUUGAAGAACAUGAAGAUUGUCGUCAGUUCCAAGCCAGGAGCUCACCCGUGCCUUGAAUACGACGUGCGCUGUUUCCUUCGGCGCGUGUUUUUGGACGCUUGCAGCAACGUUGCGGACAAAGCAUUCUGGCUGACGCGCAUUCUCAAACCCUGGCCAUUGGUGCAACAAGCCAGACUUCUUUACCUCUUAUAUGGUGCUGCACACAACGAAGAAGUGCUGUGGUACCAGAUGUGCGGCAGCUCCGUUGACGUGACGCACCUGGCGCACUACUUCGGCGGCCUGGCGUGCGCCAUGCAGACUCUGUACGCUCAAAGCAACGAGUGGUCUGAGGACGACCUCAUCAGCAUCCUGGACGAGAUGACUAGUUGUCCCGAGGAGUGGGUCGCGGAGAAUGUAGCUGCGCUUUUACUGGCCUGCGGCGAUGCGCUGACAUCAAAAAUGUUGGUCAGCAAGGCCAUCAACGGCAGAGUGCUCGAGUUGAGCAGUAUAAUCACCUCUUUCUGUCUGGUGAGCGUGAAGAACAGCUGCGGGCUUAGUCACGUGCUGGGACUCGUGCAGAGCGUGCUUCAGGCCAUGGAUAACACGCGCGACCGCAUAUUCUUCCUCAACGGUCUGAUGGACAUGUUCAAAGAGCUGAUUCUGGAUCUCCACGGCUUCGCAGACUCAGACGAGGAUGGAAACGAGGAGAAACUAUACUUCCUGGUGACGGCCUUCGCAGAAUUCUCAAAGAGGAUAAUCCAUUUGGCGUUUAAAACCAUGCUGUGAGUACAUCCUGCCUGCGUACGCCGAUGGUACCUUCGUGCUCAAACGGUUCUGCCGCAGCACAAGUUUAGCUAUGCCCGAAGAAGCUGAUCCUUGCUACGUACACAUCGGCAGAGAACGAACAUGGUAGUGGAUUUUGUUAGCUUUUUUUUUUAAACCCUUCUCGUCAUGCCAAAAGAGUUGCGUGUCCCUGACCCUGAUCGCGAUUUUUCUGUUCAAUCGGGGGUGAUCAACUUGGAAAAACCUCAAGUACAUAAACGGAAAUGGUCCCUUCUCCGGUGUACCGAUAAUUUACUUUCCAAUGGACCGAAUAACUGUAGGAAGUAAAGUUAGACAAUUAUUGACCUCCAGUUCACAUGCAUAUUUCUGAAUAAUCUUCUUUAGACAUUAUCUUGCUUCCCUUGUGUUAGGUUUUGACCACACGUUGUUUGGGAGUUUGUGCUGGUCUUUAUGUACCUGGCGUCAUGGACACUCAUUUAUAUUAAGCGUUUCCAAUAUGGGUUACUACGUGUGGGACUAGGUGUCCAGCCCCUACAUUGCUCCACCUUUUUCUGCCUAGUAUUUCAGACAUCUUUGUGAAGUAAAAGAAACGAACAAUAACUUUGAAAAAAGUUAUCAUAAAUCUCGAUUUUACACACUUAGGACUUUUUUAAUCGGAAUAAAACCUAAUGCAUUAGGACUUCCCCCUAACAUUAUUGUUUGUUAGAGAAAAAUGCCGAAUUUCUAUUUAUAAUUUUCUUUGGAGUCAUUCUCGCAUGUCCUCAUUUCCCUUGAGGUAACCCACAAAACAGCUUGGUCUCACUUGCCCUUGUAUUUUUAUGCCCUGAAAUCGGCUUUUCUUUGUCGGGUGAGAAUCCCUAUUUGUUGUUUUGUCAGUGCUCUGUCCGGGACAGGCACGUGAUGUUGUCUUGUUAUACAGCACUACUGUGUGCUGUAUUACUUUCGGUUUACUUUUUAAAGGUGCAACCUAUCACUGCAAGGUGAUCAUCUAAUCUUAGAAAGGACUUGAAAUGUUUGUAUGUUGUUUCUCUUCUUCCUGCUUACCGUCUUUCUCCCUCCCAUUCACACCCUCCAUCUCAUUAUCGCCUAUUUACUUAUGAAGAAUUCUUGUUGACGUUGAAAGAAAGGCAUUGUUAUUGUUGAUAUUUAUAUUAUGGAAAAUCUGUUUCUUUACAUAUAUUUCAUUGUUUUCUCACACUUGUAAAUAAUUUAAUGGUUUCGGAUUGUAACAGCAUACAAUACUGGUGAAGAGGUUUUGCUAAUGAAAUAAAUUAUUAACUGAGCUCGCCUUGGUAUGUUAAACUUUAAAAAAAAUGGCCUUUGGAUUUCAAAUUUAUAUAUGUAAUAAUAAAUACAAAGGUAUUACGCAAAAUGAUUCUCUAAUACUCUUUAUUGAUUGAAUCAUACAUAUACGCUAUAACAAAAUUUUAUAAGGACUAUAAAGUUUUUUCCGACUAUGUAAAUUGCUGUUAGAUUUGAUGCUUUUAAAGAAUCUGAGCCUAAGCUGACACGAUAUUUUAUUAAAGCGACCUUUUACUGGGGAAAAGGAUGCAAGCAGGUGCACUUGGAAUAAGCAGUGGCAGAAUGCAAUGUGCCAGAGCUCAGACUUAAACCUUGCUCAGUGUCUUGCCCAGAUGCAAAAGACUGAAAGACAAAGACUGUGCACAUCAAAUUUCACUCCAGAAUCUGUCCUCUUCUCUGCAGGGAGAUUGGUUAAAGAAUCUAAAAUGAAUUUAACUGAAUCUCUUUGUGACCAAUGAGGUAAGCAUCAAUUUAACGAUUUCUUAAACAAUCCCUCAAAAGGCUUACAUCAGGUCAAUCUCUAAAAUAUAAUGGCUUUGUGUGCAGCUAAAGGCUUGAUUUGAUUAUUUCCUGAAAACAUCUUUAAAUGAUCUUGUCCUGAGCCUCCAGGGCUUCAACCAUUUCCCAGUUAAGCUGUGAAGCAGGUCUAAAUGCUAUACUGGAUCAAGACUAACUUUUCAUCUAUUUUGCAACAAUAUCAACAAGAAAAGUUUUGAACAAAACUACACAAACAACUUAUGACUGACAAUACUCAUUUAAUCAGUACCAAAGCUGACAAUGCUUUCUGCCAACUUGGCAACUGGUGUCUAAAACAUCAAAAAUUGGAACAAAGUGAACAACACGGACAGCCUCCAUUGCUUUUUGUUCUCCUUAAUAAUGAAAAGACAUUCACCAACACUGACAAAAUUCUUUCUCAUUGUUUCUUGUAUGUACAAUGCCAAACGUUCAGUUUUAAAAACGUCUUCUACAACUAAAACUGAAAACUAUAUAUGUAAAAAUGCCAACAAAAGCAUAAUAAUUAAUUAUGAAAAAUAAACACAAAUGACCCGCAUAAUAAGUGUCUGCAAUUAUUAAACAAAUUAAAUACAAAAAAGCACUACUGAUUGGCUUAGAGAGCAGCUAAACAAAAAAUAGAAAAAGGUGGUAGAAUUUUAAAUAAGAGAAUAUAAGUAAAAAAAAAAAAAAAAA